UCUUCACACGGUCGGACAAAAGGAACGCAUAACCCCCGCAAACCUCGCCGCCGACGGCGGUGACGACAGGACUGCGCUCCUGCUCCGCCGCCGUGCAUCCCGAGCAGCUCUCGGCGCGCGGCGGAGAGAGCAUGGACAUCGACGACGAGGCGACGGUGCGCCGCUCGAGCAUCGCGCCGUGCGUCACUUGCGGGCUCUGCGGCGGCAUCCUCCGCGACGCCACCACCGUCUCCGAGUGCCUCCACUCCUUUUGCAGGAAAUGCAUAUAUGAGAAGUUAGAGGAUGAGGAUAACAAACAUUGCCCUACGUGCAGUGCUGAUUUGGCCUGUGAUCCAAAGCUCAGAGAAUUUGAAAAUGAAAGAGCACAGAUGGCUGCUGCUUGUGAGAGAACAAGAAUUCUUGAAGAGAGACUUCAAAGAGAGUUUGAGAUAUCCCAGAGUACUGCAAGAAUAUUGGAGAGGAUUGAUGCCUACAUAGGUCGUGGCCAAGCUUUAGAGGCAGAGAACGCAAGACUUAGAGAAGCGUUGGAAAACGAAAGAGCAGAUAAAGCUGCUGCUUUUCAGAGAACAAGAGUUCUUGAAGGGAGGCUCCAGACAGAGUCUGAGAGAAUCCAGAUCGAGUCUGAGAUAGGCCAGAAGGUAGAAGCUGCCCUGAGUAAACUACUGCAGGAUUACCAGGAUUUGGUGUUACAGAUUUCUGUGAGCAGUAAAGAACUUGCUAUGCUCCGGAAUAGUUUUGACAUGCUUGAGAAAGAGAAUACAGUUUACAAGAAAUCUAGAAAGAAGUUCAUGGGUGAGGACAUAAACUUCUGCUGCCUUAUGUGCGCUGCUCCAGUCAAGAAUCUGAGGUCUUGUUUGUUUCCCUCAUUAUUUUUGCUGUGUUGCUGAGUUAUAUAUUUUUGUUUUUGCCUCUACCCUUGUCAUGUGGGGACGCCACUAUCAGCGUACUAAAUGGAGCUAAAAUAUUGAAAGU